AUGGCGACUAAUUUUUAUAAUAAUAAAGACAGAAAAUUAUCUAUAACAAAUCCUAAUCAAAGUUAUUAUAGCUCUUCUCAUCUUUUCCCUACAACAACUACCGCCAACCCAAUAUAUCAACAACAGCCAAUUUCACCACCUUCGUUAAUUAAUCGUUCAAAAACAAAUAGUCCUCCCAGUUAUAACUCGUACCUAAGUAGUGGUUAUACGUCAGAUAUUUAUAGUGGCAGCAACAAUAAUAUUAAUAACGGUAGUUCUACAGAUUUAAGAGGUAAAUCCAAGAUUGAUAUUCUAUUACAAAACUUGGGUGCUGAAGUAAUACAAGCUCCCUCAAUUAAAGAUGAACCGAUGUCAGACGUUAAAAUUAAAAAAGAGUUUGAAGAUGAUCAUAAUAGCAGUUUUGCCUCUCAUAAUUAUUUAACUCAUCAACACCAAGAAGAAACAGAUUCUUCCUCGUUACCACCAAUCUAUAUUGAUUUUAUUAAAAAAAUUAAAAAAGAUGAUUUGCAAAUAAUUACAAAUAAUUCAAGUCCUGUUUCAGUGUUAAAUGAACUACAUCAAAAAUUAAAGUUUCCUAAAACACCAAAAUAUGAUUAUACGUUGGAUCCGGUGACGGGCAAGUUUUUUUGCAAGUUGGAAAUAUUUGGUAAUGUAUUUAGAACUACUAGUCCAACUGUAAGAAAACAACAAGCAAAAGAAGAUGUGGCAAAAGCAGCUUUAAGUCCUCAAAGUCAAAACUUUGAUUCUAUAACGAAAUCGGAGGGAUGGUACCGUAAACAGCUUAUGGAAUUUCCUGAUAAAAAUUCAAGAGCAAUGUUAUUAGAAUUCUGUCAAUUACACCAAUUACCUGAACCUCAGUAUGAGUUUAGGGUCGAUAAUAAUGGGUUGUGUUAUUUUGAUUGUUAUAUUGGUAAAAGACCUUUUAAAAUUGAAGAAGGGUCACUUAAAGAGGACAAAGCAAAAGAUCUUACAGCAAUCAAAGUAUUUAUUAGAAUUUAUCAAGAAUUUUGCGAGCACGAAAAAAUGCAAAUGCAAAAAUAUUCUCCAACAACUCCAACAACGUCUACAUUUACAUCGAUGCCGUCUUCGGCAUCUUUUAUAAGCGAUGAAUCAUCUCUCAAUCAAGGGAACAUGGACACUUUACCUUCGAAUAAUUUAUUCGAUAAUAAUCAUAAUAUUGGUGAGUCUUUUAUGGAAAAUAAUAUUUCUAGUUUAGUAUCAUCUCCACUUGGUAAUAGUGACAAUUUACUAAACAAUAACGAAUUAGUUCCAUAUGUAGUGAAAUCACAUAACGACUCCUCCUCCAUGAAUAAUAGAUCAUUUUUAACAUUUGGUUCAGAUGUUUAUUAUCCUCAAAUGUUUUCUGAUCCUUCUUCGCAACAAUUAAGUAAUUAUUCACCAAUCAUUAAUGCAACAACAACUAAGAAAUAUAUUAGCUUAUUAUACGAAAAAAGUCAAGCUAAACAUUGGAAUCCACCAAUUUUUUAUUUUCAAAACGUCGCUGGUGGAUUUAUUGGAAUUGUUGAAGUUAAGGAUAUGAAAUUUCAAGGUAAUAGACCAUAUAGUAAAAAAGCUGAUGCGAAAGAAAAUAUAGCAGAAAUUGCAUAUAGACAACUCUCAAGUGAUGGAUCUUUGAGUAAGGAUGGUAAAUAUAUUCGACUUCCACCGCCUGUUAAACCAUAUAUUCUUCGAUUUAAUGUUCGAGCUGGAACACUUGUAUCAAAUAAUGGAACCUUAUAUACAAAUUAUCCUGUAGACGAUUUUCCAACCGAAUUUUCGAGAAGUUUAAACACGGACAUUAUCAUUAGGAAAUCUGGUGCUUUUGAAUUUUAUGUUGAAUAUAAAGAAUUAUCACGAACUCCAGAAAACUCUUCUAUUCCACUUGCUUUGGAUGGUUUAGUGAUUGAAUCUGUUUUACCAAAACUUAUGGGUAGAUUUUCUGAAUGGGAUCCUCAUAUCAAAGCUAUAUCCGAAUUAGGUUAUAAUAUGAUACAUUUUGUUCCAAUGCAAAUUCGUGGUAGAUCAAAUUCUCCUUAUUCUAUAUAUGAUCAAUUAUCAUUUUCCGAAGAUUUAUUUGACCCAGAAGAUUUUGAUAAAAGUCCAAUUGAAAAAAUAAAUAUAGUUCAUAAUGUAUUGAGAAAAAUUGAAGACAUUUAUGGAAUUUUAAGUUUAACUGACAUUGUCUGGAAUCACACCGCUUGCAACUCUAAAUGGCUCGAAGAACAUCCAGAAGCUGGUUACAAUUUAAUAAAUUCUCCGCAUCUUGUACCUGCAUUUGAACUUGAUGUUGGGUUGAUGGAAUUUACUAAUAAUCUUACUGAAUUAGGAUAUUCUGACAUGAUUAAUAACGAACAGGAUUUAGACGCACUUAUCGAGGGAGUGAAACUACAUGUUAUUAACAAGAUUAAAUUAUGGGAAUAUUAUGUUAUUGAUGUUAAGGAAGCCUUGAUAGAAUUUGAGACAGCUCUGAAAGAUGAUAUAGAAUAUGACAAAACACUUUUUAAUGAUGGUGAUAUUUCUGCCCUUAGUUUAAAGGAACAGGCCAAACUUUUGGCUAUUGACGAUGGUGAACCUGAAAAAAAUGCAAUAAAAGAAAAUGUUGCAGACAAAGCUGAAACAAAUUCCACAGAGACUAUGUUAAAAAAAUUUCAAGAAAUAGUCAAUGAAAUCAAUUUGCCAUUUUAUAAAUCAUACGAUGAAGAUGUUGCUAUAAUUCUUGAUAAUUUAUGGAAUAGAGCUAAAUAUCUGCGACUUGAUCCAAAUGGUCCAAAACAAGGAAAAAUCACUCAAAGACUCCCUUUAGCUGAACCAUAUUUUACACAUAUUCCACUCAAUGAAACAACCAAGAACUAUCCCAAAGGAGCUUUGGCUGUUGCGAAUAAUGGAUGGAUUUGGAAUGCAAAUCCCUUACAAGAUUUUGCAAGCAGUGAUUCAUUUUCUUAUCUAAGAAGAGAAGUGAUUGUCUGGGGUGAUUGUGUGAAAUUACGCUAUGGUAAAUCCAGAGAUGAUUCACCAUGGUUAUGGGAUCAUAUGAAAGAAUAUACGACACAACUUGCCUCACUUUUUCAUGGGUUCCGUAUAGAUAAUUGUCACUCUACUCCAAUACACGUUGGCCAAUAUCUUCUUGAUGCAGCUCGUAGCAUUCGUCCAAAUUUAUAUGUUGUUGCUGAAUUAUUCACCGGUUCUGAAGAAAUGGAUAUUGAAUUUGUCAGUAAAUUGGGUAUAAAUUCAUUGAUUAGAGAAGCUAUGCAAGCUUGGGACCCGCGAGAACUCAGUAGAUUGGUUCAUAGGCAUGGUGGAAAACCUGUUGGGUCCAUGGAUAUGGGAUGCCUUAAUUAUAGAUCUACAUGCGUUGCUCCUGAUGGAACCAAAGAUGCCCCAUGUGUCGUGGUGCCAAUUGUUGGUUCAAAAACUCACGCUCUUUUCAUGGACUGUACACACGAUAACGAAAUGCCGAAUCAAAAAAGAACUGCAGAAGAUUCUUUAUCUACUGGAGCACUUGUUGCGAUGAGUUCAUGUGCUAUAGGAAGCGUGAAAGGAUUUGAUGAGAUAUAUCCAGGAGGUGUUGAUUUAGUCAAUGAAACGCGUCAUUAUAACAUAUACGACAACCCUUUGGAAAUUGGUAUUGGGCGUGUGAAAAAAGUUCUCCAACAUUUACAUAUUGAAAUGACAUUUGACGGCUAUAUUGAAACACAUGUACACCAUGAGAAUGAUGCAAGCUAUUUGUUGAUUGCUCGCUGUGCCUUUUCUGGUCUAGUAGUAUUACGUGGUGAUUCAAAAGCAUUAUUUUCCACCUACCUAGAAGUUACAAGUAGAAAACUUACUCCAGAUAAAAUGUAUCUCACGGGUUUAGAUGCUUCACUCAAAUCUCUUAACACACCGAAUACACGCGAACUCACUGACCAUGAUGGAAACUAUACGGAGAUCACUUUACCAAAAGAAUUCCCAUCAGGCAGUGUUGCAUUAUUAGAAACUUCGAUUAGUGAUCAGCAUGAUGAAUUAGAUGAAUUCAUAAUAUCAAAUGUCGAAGAAGUUUUAAAAGACUUGAGUUUGGUGGAUUUAAAUAUUGUGCUGUAUAGAUGUAAUAGUGAAGAGAAUGAUGUUACACCAGGUAAUGGUGUCUACAACAUACCUGGAUAUGGCGAUCUCACUUAUUGUGGUUUAGAGGGUUUUAUGUCUGUUUUACGAGAAAUAAUUAAAAAAAAUGAUCUAGGACAUCCAUUUUGUUCAAAUUUACGUGAGGGGCAUUGGGCAUUGGAAUAUGUUAUUAGCAGACUUGAAAGACUUGACGCAAUUAAAAAAGUACCAAAUUUCUUGGUGCCAAAAUAUUUUGCAUUGCUUGUUAAAACGGCAUAUACAGCGGCUGUUAAAGAAUCAUUAAAGCAAUUAUCGCCUUUUGUAUUUGAAGGUGGGCCAUUUAUUCGUAGCCUUGCCUUAGUAUCAGUUCAAAUGUAUGGAACUGUGCUAUCAACUGGUCUACACCCAACAGAAAUUGGACCAUCAGUAGCAGCUGGAUUACCACAUUUUACUUUUCAACACAUGAGAUGUUGGGGACGUGAUGUAUUUAUAUCGUUGCGUGGUUUAUUUAUUACUACUGGUAACUUUGAAGCAGCCAGAAGACAUAUUAUCGGAUUUGGAAGUGUGCUUAAGCACGGAUUGAUACCCAACUUGCUGGAUUCCGGAAGACGUCCAAGAUAUAAUUGUCGUGAUGCUUCUUGGUGGUAUCUUCAAGCAGUGCAAGAUUAUUGUAACUUUGCACCGGAGGGAUUAAAGUUUCUUAGUACGCCUGUAGCUAGAAGGUUUCCAAAAACGGACGAAUUUGUUGAAUAUUUUAAUCCAUUAGCUUAUUCGUAUAGUAGUACAAUAUUAGAAAUUAUACAUGAAAUCUUGGAACGUCACGCACGUGGUAUACAUUUCCGUGAAUGGAAUGCAGGACCUAAUCUCGAUCAUGCUAUGACUUCUAAAGGAUUUGAUAUUGAUAUUGAAGUUGAUUGGAGCACAGGAUUUUUGUUUGGCGGUAAUCAAUGGAAUUGUGGAACGUGGAUGGAUAAAAUGGGAGAUUCCGAAAAGGCAGGAAACAAAGGGAUACCAGCCACACCUAGAGAUGGUGCUGCUGUAGAAAUUAUUGGAUUACUCAAAUCUACAUUGAGAUGGAUUAUUGGAUUAAUUGAAAAGGGUGUUUAUCCUUGGAAAGGAGUUGAAGUAAAAGUUAAUGGUGCUACAAAAUUGAUAACGUUUCUCGAGUGGAAUGAUUUGAUACAGAAUUCUUUUGAGAAAUAUUUUUAUGUUCCUUUAGAUCUUAACGAUGACUCGAAAUAUGCAUUAAAUACUAAAUUAGUAAAUCGCCGAGGCAUCUAUAAAGACAUAUAUAGAUCUACAAAGGAAUAUGAAGAUUAUCAAUUAAGACCCAAUUUUCCGAUUGCAAUGGUCGUUGCACCUGAGUUAUUUGAAGAAGAACAUGCAAUGCAAGCAUUGAUUAUUACGCGUGAAAUACUCGCAGGACCGUUAGGUAUGCGUACUUUGGAUCCAAAAGAUUGGGCAUAUCGUGGAAAUUAUGAUAAUAACAAUGAUGGAGAUGAUAAAUCCAUUGCAAAAGGAUGGAAUUAUCAUCAAGGCCCUGAAUGGUUAUGGUGUACUGGCUAUUUUCUUAGAGCUUAUCUAUAUUUUGAUACACGUGUCGGAAUAGGGAAAAAUAAUCUGCAUGAAUCAAUUCACAAUAUAAUUAAUCAUCUUCUACCACAUCGUGAAAUGAUUGAGAAAAGUCCUUGGGCCGGUCUUCCGGAAUUAACUAACGCUAAUGGAGUACCAUGUUAUGAUUCCUGUCCUUCACAAGCAUGGUCAUCUGCUACAUUAUUAGAUUUAUUUAAUGAUAUAAAAAAUUUUGAAAAGAAAUAA